AUGACUGCCUCCGUGGAAACCCCGACUCCUGAUUCCGACCCCCUCCAUCUCAAAGCGCACGUCGAGCGCCUCCUCUCAGUCCCCAAUGGCACUUCCGCGGGCCCUUCCGGGACGACCCAGCACGACCCGUAUGCGGUCCCUCUCAAGACCGAGCACGCAUACACAGCUCGCAAGAUCCGCGUCAUCACCAUCGGUGCUGGCUUUUCCGGUCUGUUAAUCGCGCACAAGAUCCAACACCGUUUCCCAGAACUAGAUGGGUACGUAUCGCACACCAUCUUCGAGGCUCGAGGGGAUGUAGGCGGGACCUGGCUCGUCAACACCUACCCCGGCGUGCAAUGCGAUGUCCCCGCGCAUGCAUAUGCCUUCCCCUUCGACCCCAACCCCAACUGGAGCAAGUUCUAUGCCAGCGGAACAGAGAUCCAGGACUACAUCCAUCGGACAGUCCGCAAGUGGAACCUUGAUCGUGACCUGCAGUUGAACACGCGGGUUGUGGAGAUGGCCUGGCAGGCCGAGAAGGGGGAAUGGAGAGUCGAGGUGGAAAACACACUCACGGGAGAGAAGCGUGUUGAAUAUGCGGAGAUCGUCCUUUCAGCCCAGGGAGUUCUUGUACAUCCCGUGUGGCCCAAAAUUCCUGGCUUCGACGUCUUUAAGGGCCACCUCACGCACUCGGGAGACUGGGACCACGAGUUUGAUUACUCGGGGAAACGCAUCGCUGUCAUUGGUAAUGGAUCGUCAGGCAUUCAGAUCACACCUCAGAUGGCAAAUUUGCCCGGAACAACGGUUAUGAACUUCAUGCGCAGUCCCGCGUGGGUGUACCUUCGUGUUCCGCCGUCCAGGCACCAUGGAAAUGACGACCCUAAUCCGAACCCGCCAUACACCGAGGAGCAAAUCAAGGCAUUCCAAGACCCGGAGACGCAUCGACAGUACCGGAAGGGCAUCUUGGGGAGAACGAACAAAACAUUCAGACUGUUCAUAAAAGGAAGCAAUAACGACGAAGCACAGAGUUUCGGCAGAAAUCAAAUGGCUGAGAAACUUAACCACGACCCCGAGCUGUGCGAGAAGCUCAUCCCCAAGUUCGAGGUCGGCUGUCGUCGCGUCACCCCGGGUCAGGGUUAUCUCGAGUCAUUUUCCCUGCCGAACUGCAAUCUGAGCAACAGCACCAUCACCCACAUCAGUGAGAACGCAGUGCACACGGCAGACGGGAAGGCUUUUGAGUGCGAUGUUGUCAUCUGCGCCACCGGCUUCGAUGUCUCGCACAUUCCCCAUUUCCCAAUCAUCGGCAAAGACGGUCAACGACUGGCCGACAAGUGGAAUAUCGAUCCGGAGACAUACCUGUCCGUCUCGACAGUAGGCUUCCCAAACUACUUCAUCAUGAUGGGCCCCAACUGUCUCGGCGGGCACGGCUCCCUGGUCGAGUCCCUCAACUGGACGGGCGAUUACUUCAUGAAGUGGAUCCGCAAGAUCGCCACGGAAGACAUCAAGUCCGUCGAGCCCAAGCUGGACGCGGAGAAGGCAUUCGUGCAAUACGGCGAACAAGUGCAUAAGACGCUUGUAUGGACGGGCGGCUGCAAGAGCUGGUACAAGCGGGGGACGGCAGACGGCCGUGUUGUGGCGCUGUUCGGCGGCAGCGCGAUCCUGUUCCGCCGGAUGAUGCAGGAGAUUCGUGGGGAGGACUGGGAUAUUGAGUACUCGAGUGCCAAUCGGUUCCGGUUUAUGGGCAAUGGGUUUACGGCCUGGGAGAUGAAGGAGGAUAGUGAUUUGGCGUGGUAUGUGGAGUUGCCUGGCAUGACACAUCAGCUGGAUACCAUUUAA